CCCCCUCGAGUUCAGCUCCGGGCUGCUGCCGCCGGCGCCGCCUCAGCCGCGCGCGCUUCGAGCCACACACAGAGCCGAAUGGGCUGGAAGGACUUCCUCCGUGCCAGUAAGACCCAGGGCCAGCGGCUGGAGAAGCGCCUGCGCACUGCAGGGGCGCCAGAUUUGGCGGGAGGGGGAGUGUCCAAAAAGCCCUUUGUUUGAUGGCAUCUCUGUUUACAGAGUUUACUCUUUCAUCUCAACCUGUUUCCUCCUCCCCUCUCCCGCUCCUGAGAACUUUGCGGCGGAGGAGCUCCUCUUAAGCGGCAAGAAACGCCAAGCACCUCUUCCAGCAGCAUAAAGCCCUCUCCUCCCCCACCCGCCCACUUACUUUUCGCCUUGCCCUCAGUGACUAAUGCAAGGAUGGCCAGGAGACCUAGGCACAGGUAAUAAGAACAAGAAGGGGCAGAAAAGCAAACCCCUUCGCAACGCCAAUGCAUUUCUGCCUGUCUGUCUCCUCUUUCUGUGUGUACGUCUUGUCUUGUCGGGCUGCUUUUUUGGGGAGGGGGAAACUCUCGCAGUGUCAGAGAAGAAAAGAAACUCCCUAAGCUUCCAGGAGGGCGAGAGCAGCAGCAGUUCUUUUGCACACCUGUCAGAGCGUGCAUUAAAACGGGUGCCUUGCAAGAAAGCGCAAGGCUGCAUCAGCAAAAGUUUAGCAGCUUACUUUCCCCUUUGCAAGCCACAUCCCUCCGCUCCCGGUUGCGAGUUACUUAGGAGUUAACGAAGAAUCGAUUAUUUGCAAUGAGUCGUGCAGGUUUGUGCAGUGAAAGGCGUGUUUUGUGUGUCGUGCGCGGGAGGGUAUUGCUCCCAGGCUACGCGUUGCACGCGUGGGCCCAAAUAAUUAAAUAAAAAGGUUCAGGCCCGUUCCUGGCUUGCCAAGGGGACCCGCUGCCUCCGGCGAUCGCGACGGGCGUCCCCGUUCCGCGAUCGUUUGGGCCGGAGCAAGCAGCCCACUGGAGGUACGAAAAGGGUGUAAAAAUGUCGGAGCGGCUUAGCUUGCAGGUAUUUGAUCCCUGUGUCCAUUCGUCUCAUUCAUUCUCUGUGGUUGUGUCAGGUGGAUGACAGGCUGCGUGGAAGGGUGACCCAGCUCUCUUUUUUUGAAUUUGCCCGGCGUGGUGUUUCGGGACUCCAAACUCGGCUUCCUCUCGAUAACCCCUCUUUUAGAAAAAGCAUAUGUAUGUAUGUAUGCAUGCUAUAUAUGCAUCCCAAAAGCAGUGCUGUGCAGUGUGGCAUUCAUUAAUGCACACGCUGUUCUCCGCAAGCCCGAGCGUUCUUUGCAGCAACGUGUGGAACAACUUUGGCUGGAGAGGAGGAUGCAAUGGGAGGUAAGGGGAGAACGGGCUAGGGGUGCUUGUCAAUAACUGUCACUCGUUUUGCUAAUGUUGACCCUGAUCUUGCAUGGCAAGAAAGACAAGGUCGCCUGUGUGUCUUAUGGAGGAAGCCUCAGUUGUCCUGUGCUGGGAAACGUUGUGGCUGUGGGGUGGUGGAGGUGACUCUGGCUACCCGGCGCUGCUCCUUUCACCCUCCGCUGUUCGUGGCGUGCAGCAGCAAACUGGAAGGGCCAAGCCGCGCCUCGUGGUCUGCAGAAACGCUCACACAGUGCAGGAUUGUUUUCCAAUUAUCUCGGGACAGUCGCUCCACGUGGAGCCAGAACUUGCCUUUCUCUUUCGCCGUGUAGCGCCAGCGAUUAUUCCCCUCCUCCCUUUCUGCCCGCGCUCUCUCCCCUCCUCCCUUCCUUUCCCCUUGGCACGGAAAGCAAAGUCCUAGCUGCUGGGGCUCACGCUGAAGUUUCCCUUUUCUCUUUCGGUUAUUGCUAAUCUAAUACGAAAAGAAAAAAGGCAGGCGGCGAGAAAACGGGUCGGCGCGGGGCAUGCGUGCGCUCGCGAUUGUGUGCAGCCCGAAGUUGCGAGUCUGGGUCACAAAAGCGACUUCGGCGGCGCUGGGUGACGCACCCGGGGUGCCCCGCUUCUGCCGAGCCCGGGCAUUGCCGCCGCCGUCGCGCGCGCCGCGCCGCCCAACCAGUUCGCUUCCUUCCUGCGGAGCGGCAGCGCUGGGCGGGGGGAACUCGUGGGGUUUCUUCCCAGCUUUGCCUUGGCAAAGCGCAAAGUUUUGGGUUGGGAAGAGUUCGAACAGUGCCUUACUACAAAAAAAAAACAAAAACCCCACACUCAACGCCGGAUUUUUUUUUAAAUGAUGGUAAUAAUACAUCCUGUACAGGAAGGAGUUGUAUUAGUGUGUGAAGCAUGAAUGGGACUGCAAGGCGGGGAGGUACGAUCUCUUGCACUCCGGGCGGGGAGAACAGGCGAUGAUGAAUCCCCUGUUGGCGAAGGAGGGCGAAAGAGAAAGGGGAAAAAAGCCCGGGGCUUGCUUCCCCUUGCAGCACCUGGCUGGAGGGCUUAGCGUGGUGAAAUCGCGUCAGAGCAACGGCAGGGGCUGCCCUUCGGUUGGCUAGCGCGGUGCUCGCUUUUUUUUCCUUUUUCUUUCAAUCACAGUGUCAGCGAUAGUAGUAAUAGUAGUAGUAGUAGUAAAGCGCCAGCAACAAAUCACUUCCUCCCCGCCCCUCCACCCCUCUCUCCUCCCUUCCUCUCGUUUGAAUUGGUUGCACAAUUUGGUUUCCUUGGCAAAAGGGUAGCGCUCGCGCGUGGAGCCUUUCAGCAAAACUUAGCAGGUGGGGUGCUCUUAACUCUUUAGGUUCCUUCGGCCUGACACGUCAUCUCAAGCGAAGGUACACUGAGCCGUUUAUUGCGCUGGAAGGAAACGAGAGAGGCAGAUCUGGGGCUUGAUCCACUCUGUUUGAAAUGUAAAAGAGGAGCUGCAAUGCUGCUAAACAGGAUGCAGAGUUGGUUUGAAAUUCGAGGCUGCAGUAAACUGGCCAUUGAGAUAGUGCAAAUGGGUCAUUAGCAAUAGGUUUUUCUAAUAUUGCAUUGAAAUACAGUGCAGUUUCUGAAUUUUAUUGUAAACACAUAGUGUAUUUUUUUAUUUUGUAAUUUUUUUAGGGACUGGCAAGUAUUACUUGACAUAAAUAAAUGAAUAACUCGAUUCCCCUUUCAACAGGGUGAAUGGAGGUUAUAGACUUGCAAUGACAACAUUGCAAAAAACCAAAAAACUUGCAUGCAUGUGGAGAACCAAUCCUGCAAUUCCAGGGGGUUGGACUAAGAUGACCCUUGUGGUCCAUUCGAGCUCUACAGUUCUAUGAGUCAUACAUACAAACAUACAUAAUUUUAUUAGUAUGCAGCCUUUCCAUAGUUAAAACCAUGCUCAAGUUGGCUUACAACAUGAAUAAGCCCCCGCUUAUUCAUUAAGCACAUUAAGUUUCAUUGCUUACUCCCAGCUGAAAGCAGUGGGAGUUACUGCUACUUAAUAUACAUAGGAUGGGGCUAUUAGUCACUCAAAUAGUGACCUAAUCAUAAAGGCCCAGAUCCAGAUAAAGGUAGUUAUGACAGUUAUAUUGAAAACAGCAAAACUAUACUCAAAGCUGAAUUAAACUGUACUGGGUUCAAUGGGACAAACAGCACCAGCCUAUGUUUGCAUAUCCAGAAGCAAUGCCCUCUGUUCAUAAGAUUCCAGCUUCAUGUCUUAGUAUUCCGUAGGAACCCAGUCCAGCUGCUUAACUGGGGUUUAUUAAACUAUGAUUCAAGGUUGCUUGCUGACCAAGGUUUGUAGCUGAUUUAUAAACUGUAGUUAACGUUAACCAUAGCAUUAUGUGUGAACUCAGACCUCCACAUUAACUACAGUGGUACCUCAGGUUAAGUACUUAAUUCGUUCCGGAGGUCCGUUCUUAACCUGAAACUGUUCUUAACCUGAAGCACCACUUUAACUAAUGGGGCCUCCUGCUGCUGCCGCGCCGCCGGAGCCUGAUUUCUGUUCCUAUCCUGAAGCAAAGUUCUUAACCUGAAGCACUAUUUCUGGGUUAGCGGAGUGUGUAACCUGAAGCGUAUGUAACCCGAGGUACACUCUACAGUUAAGGAGCUGCCACUGCCUAAAAUCUAAAGUGAAGAGCUGCUCUUCCUGGCUUGUGUUUUCUUUAAUGGCAGAAGAGUGUAUAUGUUUCAACAACUGUCUACCAGCUACCUCAGCUUUUUUUUUUUAAAAGACAAAUCUUGUUGAGUUUUUUUUUUUUUUUAUUGACUUGCCUAAGAUCCAAGACAAACUGCUGCCUUUCGGAAAUUCCCCCCGGACGUCAAUUCCGCCUUUGAAAUGGCAGCCCUACCAUUAACCAUGGCUUUGCAUUAUGUGUCCUGUAAUCAUGACUGACUGCAACAUGUUCCUCGAGUAUUUCAGAUAUGUUCCUUGAGUAUUUUGUAGCCCUAGAAAACAGGGUUCUAAAAGGUGCAGGGAUUGAACAUGCUCAUCCCUUUGCAUGUUUCCUGAUCACAGUCAGGGGAGGGCUAUAGCAUAUGACUGGUGGUGGGAGUUCUCAAGCUACUUUUUGAGAAAAGGAACACAGCAGAAUAUCAGUAGCAGCCUGUGUCGUGAGGCAUAGCCGUGGACCUUUCCUGACAUCUCUGCAGCUUCCCUGGGUGGCAGCAAGAUGAAGGCCAUGCAGGCACAACCAGUGGAACCAAUCUGGCAUUCCUGCCAGUUUGCCUGCACAGCUCCAAUCUCACUGUCACCCUGCACAACCCUGUCCAAGUAAGCUCCAUCUCACUGGUGUCAAGAGGGCAGCUGCACCUCAUGGCCUGGCCCACUACUGUGCAUUACUUAUUUAUUGCAUCUGAACUCUGCUUCUCAGCCAGGAUUGCCUCCCAAGGCAGCUUACAAUUAAGCCCAUAACAGGCACAUAAUGUAGAGACGUGUUGGUGUUGUGGAAGACAGACUGUUCUGGCCUCUGGUAAUUGGUGAUGCAAUCGCUGGGGCUUGUAGCAUGGAGAUACCUUUAAAGCUGUAGGACUGUACCCUCAGUUUUUAGUUACUUGCUUAGCACUUUUAGAUUUCUCAAAGCCCCGUAAAGUGACUAGCCAUCAUUUCAUUUUUAUGCAUGGGAAAUUGAGGCUGAGAACCGGGCAUCUCACCCACGGCUAUGAGUGAUGGUCAAGCUGCAUGACCAGCAGUCCUACAUGAUGUAUCUGUUGCAGAAAUGUGCCACUUUAGAUUUAUGGUUAGAGACCAGGGCUCACCCAGAUAACUUUCUCCCUGCAUGUACAAAGCUAAUGUGCCAUGGUGAAAGGUUCUUCUAGGGUAAGCAUGGGGAGCGUUGGGUCAGGGAUGAUGGGAGUUGUAGUUCAGCAGUAUCUGGAGAGCCAAAGAUUCCCCACAACUGUUGUAGGGUAUGGUAGUGAUUAAUAAAACAUACUCACCAGGGAUAGAUAUGGGGAACCUGUGACUCUCCAGAUGUUGCUGGAGUGCAGCUCCCAUCCUCCUUGACCCAUGGUCAUCCUUCCUGGGAUUGAUAGGAGUUGGAAUCCAACAACAACUGGAGGGCCACAGAUUCCCCUCCCAUGAAAACAUGAUGUUCGAUGUACCUACAUUUUGAAAUUGAGCAGUCUGGUAGCAGGUAGUCUGCUGAUGGUGUUUUUUAUCUCCAAUAAUGUGCCCGAGUUUGAAUCCAAAUUUAAGGUCUCCUAAGUUGAAUUCUCCAUAAACAACAUAGUCUUAGCAAGGCUUACUUGAUGAAUGGCAUGCAAUAGUUUAGUGAUGGGAGAUCCUAAGACAGGGGUCACCAGCCUAGCACCUGUGGGAACCAUGGUGUCCAUAAAUGCUUUUAAUUGUGCCCCUGGGAAGGUGCUCCAAACUCUGAACAUUUAUUUAUUUAUUUAAAGUCUUUAGCUGCCCUAGAAUGAAAGUUGUGGGGCAAAAUGUGCAGGUGCUUUCUGAGCAAUUUCUGUGAAAUGAAAGUGAGUGUGGUGUGGCCACCUUGUAUCUUUUUCCUGGUACUGAGUCAUAUUCCCUGUUGCAGCAACACUGCAACAACAUACAUCAACAACAUUGGUGUGUGUUUGUUUGUUUGUUUGCCUGUAUGUAAAAUCAGUAAUUUGUGACUUCCACAAUCAGGACCUGCAGGACAUAGCUGACUUCCUCUGCUUAAGCAUAAGGGUAUUGGGGAUGUCCAUCGCUCCAAUUUUGUGUUGUGCCACACAUACCCAUAGCAGUUAUUUUGUGCUAGGCAUCCCCAGGAUGCUCUCAACAUUUGAAAUGUGCUCACUGGUCCAAAAAGGUUGGUCACCCCUGUCCUGAGAUAUGAGUUGAAUAGGUGACUUAGGUUUUCAUGAGCAAGUCUCAAUUUAAGCAGAUGUAUCUCUGUAGUUUUCAAAAUCGACUUCUGAUUUUUCAUAUAGUAGUGUAAUGGCUUUGGCAUUCACCACAUGCCAUGUGUUCUACUGAUAAAAACAAUGAUACAAUUUUUAUCUGUAGAACAUCUAAAUUCCUUUCACCUUUAUUUGGAAACUGUGGUAGCAGAAAAGAAAAGCUUGAUACUACAGCUACUAACAUGCAACCCUCAAGGCACUGCUUCUGAGUAAUCCUAUUUACUCUCCACCUGUGUAACUAGCUGAGGCUCCUAGCCAUUAGUUCCUGUUCCGGUGUUUGUCAGGAUUGCUUUAAUAAGCUCCCCCCCCCCCUCCUCAAAACACAUGCUUAAACUGCAUCUGAGGUUUAUCCCAUUCACAUAUCAGCAUAAUUAGCCAUAAAUCAUCCGUGUGUUCUUUUCUACUGCAUUUACAGUUAGUAUGCGGAGGUUUCAAAAGUUAUGUUUAUGUUAUAAAGUUAGAAAUAAAACAUUGCACAAUAGAAAUGAAGUAAGGCCAUUUGUGUUGCAACACACUUUGUUUUAACUUUACUGAACUCGAUGGGUUAAACUGGAUGUUUGUGAUUGUUUCCACUCACUGCUGCCUUGGGAGAGAUCUGGGUUCAAUCAGCAGCUGAAAAUACCUCAGGUGGACUAGAAACAAGACAACUAUUUAUAAUUAAGUAAUGUGACUGUUCACUUCAGUGCUGUGAAGUUUUCAGAUUGUGCAUUUGUCCUCAAGUUAUAGUUGUAGUUGGCCAUGAAUUGUGGACUUGUUGGUACUGCUUUUCAUUUACAAAACAGCCUGAUCACUUGAUGUCUGUACAUUUCAUUUGUUUUGAGAAGCCUUUGCCCUCUGAUGUUCAUUAGGUUGCUGUUCUGUGCAUUUGUGCAGCCUGAGCCUGUGCAUGUUUAUUUGGAAGCGAGUGCCACUGAAUUCAUUGGGACUUACUUCCUUGUAAGGGUGUUUGGAGUUGCAGCCUUACACCUAAGUAAGUGUGCAGGUGAAAUGCAGCUUUCCUUGGCAUCAGUCAAGUUGAACUCAGCACGGCUUCUGAAUCAGUGUACAUAGGAUCAGGCUAUUAGUCUUUUCAUUAUUUGACAAAGUAUAGUAUUGAAUGUAUUUCCUUUUAAAAAAUACCCAGCCCUUCAGCAUUUAUCACCUGGGAGUUGAAUAUGCAAGCUUCUUUAUCAACUGUGUGAAAGCAUAGAGCAUUCUUCAAGUGAUCUGGCAUAAGUUAAGGAUUUUGAGUAUGUACUUGGGCAAAGGACACAGCCUCCGUUCUCUUUAUUGUCCUAAACAUUGCGUUUUAAUUUGAAACCAUCAUUGGUUGAACGGCUGCCAAGUGUGUAAUUUGCCACUGAUCUAACAGUAUGAGCAGGUCUAAACAUGCACAGUAAUAAGAAAGUUGCCAACCUUUCGCUUGUAUCUGUGGAUACCAAAAACAGCAUAACCAGUUCAGAAUACUAGGAACAGAAUGUAGAACAAAAUCUUGCAGUGCAAGUUUCCAAACAGUUACCCUCAUAACCUUUUAGUUUUAGUUUUUUGCAAAUCCUGUCAUUCUAAACAGCUUUGCAUUUCACCCUGUUUUGUCUUUGUGCUCUGUUUCUCCAGCAUAUACAGCAGCGAUGAUGAGGAUGAAGACCUGGAGGUAUAUGAUCAUGACUAUGAUGGUCUGCUGCCCAAGGGUGGAAAACGCCAUUUAGGGAAAACACGGUGGACCCGGGAAGAGGUAAACAGCUGAAAAGUUCAGGGCAGACAAAUAGAAGUAGUCUUUCACACAAUGAAUAGAUAGAAUGAUAUAAUUCAGUACUUCAGGAUGUAGCAAUGACCACUUAAGCUGGAUGACUCUUUAAAAGGUGAAUUACAACAAGCUUAAGUGAGGAUAGGGUUAUCAAUGGCUGCUAGUUGGGAUGGCUAUAUUAUCUCCAGAAGGCGCUAUACUUCUGAAUAGCAGUUGUUGGAGAACAUGAGUGGGAGAGUGCCAUUGUGCUCAGAUUCUACUUAUGGGUUUCCUAUGGGCAUCUGGUUGGCCACUGAGAACAGAAUGCUGGACUAGAAGGGCCUUCAGUCUGAUCCAGGAAGAUUCCUCUUAUGUUUCUUAUGAAAGGUGUGGAUAAAACUCCUAGUCUCAGUUGCUUUGGCUUCUCCUAAGUACAAGAAUAGAAGCUGCUUCCUCUUAAGAAAUGUGAGCCUAGGCCUGUUAAAAUUCCUUGUCAACUGCCUUGAGUAGGCCUGUACCUAGAAAGGUAGCUUUGUUUUUUUUGUUCUGAAAAAGUAAAUUUGAAAGCAAAGGACAAUAGCCAAUUAAAUCAUCUGAAGAUUUCUUUUUGGGGAGGCGGCUUUAUAGGUGACUUCUUGGGAGGAGGGGUGGAAAGAUUGUUUGGGUUAUAUCCAAAGAAGCUUGCACAAACCAACAACAUAUUUUGAAGGGAAAUCCUUAUGACAUGUAUAAUUAGUUUACUUCCAAAGCAGCUUGCUUGGUGGGGCGGAGUCUCAAUGCUAGCUUCCCAGCAGGUGUUUCAUUGCAAUGCAGGUGCACCAAUGGUGCCAACUGGGCACUCCUGCUGGAGCAUCCACACUAGCUGCCUCGUCCCUCCACCUCCUGGUAAGCAGCAGUGACGCACCUGCUGAGAAGCUAGCACUGAGCCUCUCCACCCCUACUCCUGAGAAAGCCACUUCUGGUCUACUUCAGUCAUUGCUACUCAGUAGUUGCUCUUACAUGGUCAUCGGAUAUUUUUGAUGUAGCUAUUAUGUCACGGAAUUGGAACAGAUGAGGGACACCCAGGAGCAAUGGAAGUAGGAAAGGAAGUAUGAAAAGCCUUAAUAGAGCCGUAUUUUCUCUCCCACUUGGGAGCACAAUGUGCGCGCACACACUUGCACACACCGCCAACCCUUCUUCAUUGAAGGCAGCAGAGCAGCAAUCACUCCAUUGACUUAUGUGGAAUGGGGAAGGUACUGGGAUGGGGCACACUCACUAUCUCCUUUUGUGUUGUAAGGCCAUAUUUGUAGCCAUAGCACAAGACCUAUAUGUGGCCAACUGGUCAACUAUGCCAUACAAGUUUGCAAACUGGCAUGCACCUGAGCUGAAGUUAUCCAGGGCCAUUGAAAACAUCACUGAACAUUAUUUGCUCUAUAAAUUUAUACAUGGGUGGGUUGCACUGUUUCAUAAGGUCAGGUCAUAAAGUAAUGAAGCGUGGACAUACUAAGGUUGCCCUUUGGCUCUCUUUGGUUGAUAUCAGUGUCAUCGCUUCAUGUUUCUAAUGGUUGCUGCAUGAGGAACCAAGAUAGCAAUGCCUUACAGCAGAUAGAUGAGCAGAAACUAUGGAUCCUUUCUAGAUGAGAAAGGAAUAUAUAAUGAGACUGUUAAAGAGUUGGGAACUACUAAUUUAGUCAGGAGCUACUAAACAAAAGCAAAUGGUGUUGAAAGGCUGAUCCCUUACGAAAGACCUCAGAACCAUUUGUUUAAUAUACUCCAAACCAGUAGGACCCACUGGAGUUUCUGAACAACCGAGCUGCAUUUUUAGAACAGCAGCUCUUAAGAUACUGAAGAACUAUGACUAUCUACUACCCAGUCUAGUUUUCAAUAUGUUAUCUCCUUUUUGGAAAGCAAUCAAGCGCACUGCAACCUGGUCUCAUUACUUUCAAUAGAUAUUACUAAUAGGUAAAUGUGAACAGGAUAGCAGUCUAAAUGCGAGAGUUGAAUACUCAGAACUAACUCCCAGUGGGUGGGCUUUCUCCCAGGUAAGUGGCUAUAAGCCUCAGUUAUUUUUUCACACUGUCACUCAUAUAUUUAUUUUCAGCAUAAGCUUCUGUACUGGGGAAAAGAAUCACUUGGCAGUAUCAAGAAUCAUUAUUUAAACUUCCAUUAUUUCUGUGCAGUUCAAUUUUCAUAAAGCUGUUUUGGCUUGAUUAACAUCAUGCACUGAUGUUGCUGUGUAAACAUUAGCAGGUCACUUCCCAAAUGCUUUUGUAAAAGCUUAGGCUGUUUGUUGCAGAACUCUCAUUCCUCCUAAAUAGCCUUUGGGGCCUAGUGUUAUGCUUCCUAAAUUUUCAGUAAAGGUUAUUGAGACAAGACAGCAGUUCCCAAAUAAUUUUGCUAGAUUAAUGCAUUUGUUGUCAGUGAGAAUACUCAGAAAUAGUAUGGAGAUUGCUGUCUUGCUGCCCAAUCAACAAAUUAAUUAAGCCAGUACUUGAAUAUAAUGGCAGUGGCGGGUGGGUGUCAAUUAAAACAUAACACCCCAACUGCAAGUGCAAAGUGUUCCUUCAUGGUAGUGCUCCAUGCGGUUGGUUGGCAUAAUGUUGGAAACCCCAUUGGCCCAAUUACAAAGAGUGUUGAACUUCAAUGGUGAAAGCUGCAUUUGAAUUCCUGUUUGGCCAUGGAGUUCAUUGAGUGGCUUUUGGCAAGUCGCUGUGGGUGAAACUGCAUGUUACGAUAAUGAUGGGGCUGCUGCCAAGACCACCCAUACAUUGAAUUCCCCCCUUACAGGACAUUUAGUGAAAGUUGCAUUAUCUCACUGUGUGUUUCCCUGCCACCUUUAGCCCAUCAUACGGGGUAGGGAAUAGUAACAUCGGAAAGCGAGGUACAUUUUAUUACAUGCAAAGAAAAGGACAAGCACAACACAGGGCUGCUCUUUUCAGUGUCAUUGCAAUGUGUCGUUCUCAGCCUAGCUUAGUUUGCUGUGUUGUUGUGAAUACAAAAUGUACGUCAAUAUGUGCUAGUUGAAGGAAGGAUGGAACAGAAUGUUCCUGUGCAGAAUUUUCCUAUUCGUUGUGUAAGGUUCCUAUAUAACGAUCAUGUCAUCCAAGAUAAUGCUUUAUGUUCAUUCACGGCAUGGCCACUAAUGGCACGUCAGUGGUUGGGUGGUGCACUAAGUAGUUCUAAGUGAAGAGUAUAGUAGGUCAUACAUUAGAUUCAAAAAUCUGGUGGAAUUGGCUGUAUUAGCCUGUGAUGCUGAAUAAAUGUACGUAGGAUUGUGGCCUCAUUUUAUUAAGCUACUAGGAAGGGACUUUUGAAGAAGGCUGAUCAGUUACAGUGGAAUCUUGGUUUUUGACUUCUGAAACCAUUCCAAAAGCAAGGGGCAGCUUCUGAUUGGCUGCAGGAGCUUCCUGCACUCAAGCGGAAGCCGCAUCGGACAUUCGGCUACCGAAAAACGUUUGUAAACCGGAACACUUACUUCUGGGUUUUUGGCGUUCAGGAGCCGAUUUGUUCAUCAACUAAGCCGUUUGAGAACCAAAGUUCCGCUGUAAUUCAACUUUGCCUUUUCUUCCAUACAGUAUACUGGCUUUUUAGUCUUCUGGUGCUGGCUCACAAUUCCAAAAUAGCAAAUGACACACUAUUUCAGUGAAGUUGCAAAAUCUUGCUAAUAGCUCGUAAAAAGUGUGCAAGAUGCCUAGAACAACCAAACUAGAGAUUUCCUUUUCCUUGUUGACAGAUGUUAUGACAAUCAGCAAUGCAUAGUAUUGACUUUUAAAACACUCACAUGCACACACACAAGUCAGAUGAACUUAAAUCACCUUUUCUUGAAACGUAUUAGGAUGAGAAGCUAAAGAAACUUGUGGAGCAGAAUGGCACAGAAGAUUGGAAAGUUAUUGCCAAUUUCCUUCCUGUAAGUAGGCCUCGUUUUCUGUUUAUAACCACACAUUUAUCAGUGGGUGAAAGCAGGGCAGGUUGUUUCAUAAUUACAGAUGGGGACUUAAUACAAUUAUAGCAAUUUGGGAGGCUUGCAGAACUUCACCAUGUAUACCCAACAUUUAAAUGUCUUUCUUUCACUUCUCAUGAAAUGGAGGAAGGAGAAAUGUUAAAAGCCUUGGGGGGGAUUUUAUAUACAAACAGAUGGUUGGUACAUCAUCUAUCUAUCAGUCUCUCAAUGGAACAAAAAAGCAUCAAUGCAGAAUAGAAACUGGCUUUGAUCCGUGGUUGCUCUUGCUUAUUAAGUGUGUGGUUCUGCUGGUAAUUUCUGACACACUUGUUGAGAAGCAGCAGGUAAAGUUUAUUAUAUAUUCAUUUUUAACGAAUAGCUGGUAGGUUAGUAUGCAACUAUGGUAUCUGUCUGCUGUCUACAAUCAAAAAUUAAUAUGAGAAGGCGCUGCAAGGUUUUUGUAGCUGAAGCUGUCAUAGUGUCCAACUCUUCCUUUGGAAGAUCCCCAUCUCAGUUUUACCUCUAUCAGUGGCCUGAUCCUUGCUUGUUUUAAUGGUGAUGUAAGCAAUAAAAUGUAAAGAUUUUACUUGCAGAGGCAGCAUGCGUGCUGAAUAAUAGUGUAAAUACUGCAAUAUCAUGACUCAGAAUUGCAUCUGUGGGGCAUUUGUUAACAAAGUUGCAUUUUUUCACGCAGCUGUAGCAAUUAUGUAAUAAUUUGUUGGGGGUUUUUUGGCUUGUUAGAAUCGGACAGAUGUACAGUGCCAGCAUCGGUGGCAGAAGGUACUAAAUCCAGAACUUAUUAAGGGCCCGUGGACUAAAGAAGAAGAUCAGCGAGUAAGUUAACAAUAUUAUUUUAAUCUAAUCGUUCCAUCAGCAUUAAAUGUUGGGUGCAGCCAACCUACAUCCACUUUGAUGAAAUAAUACCUGUAAUUUAAGUUAUUUAAUAAUUGAUCUUUACAGCCCCUAACAUUUUUUCCAGCAGCACUUUAAAUAAUUGCUUAACUGUCCACUUGAGAUGUGGUGUAAUACAGAAUGGUUGAGAGACUGAGCUGCGAACCAGGAAGUCCCUGACUCGAGUCUCAGUUAUUAUCUCAUUAGAUGGCCUUAGGCAAGCCUCAUGUUUUUGAGCCCAAAUCCUCCCUCCCAUCUUUGGGGAAUACUUUGGGAAUAAUUAUACAAGAGGUGAUUCCAGGCAUCCUGUUUUGUUUGCACAAAGUUUGUGGGGAGGUUAGAUUAUGUGGAAUAUUGAUUGAUAACUAAUUCUAAUCUGUGGGAACAUUGUAUGUUGUGUCCAGUGUGUUUUCCCCCUUUACUUUCCUUAUCACAAAAGUCUGGGAGGAUUUUUGUGGGGGAGUGGAUUUGUUGUGCAAGAAUCUCACCCAAAAUUUGUGAUAGUCUGGAAAUGUCAUGAGGCAGCCAUAAUGGCAAGAUAAUUAAUAGGAUGCCGCCUUUUCCUACUCAGCUGCCUUCUUUAGUCCCUGAUAAGUUUUGCACCUGUUUUUAUUCCCAUUUUUCUUCCUGUAUAAUAAUGCUGGCCUAUCUAAACUCCUGAUGCACAUCACAGCCCUGAUCUUCCAUGAAACAUAAGAGAAUGAUUGCGUUUUGGUCCCAUAGCAUAACACCUGAAAGUUAGAGGUGGCACUUUACUUGUUUUUGUGCUUGUUUGAAGGUGAUAGAGCUGGUGCAGAAAUACGGUCCCAAGCGCUGGUCUGUCAUCGCUAAGCACUUGAAAGGAAGGAUCGGGAAACAAUGCAGAGAGCGAUGGCACAACCAUUUGAAUCCAGAAGUUAAAAAAACCUCCUGGACAGAGGAAGAAGAUAGAAUUAUUUACCAAGCACACAAGAGACUGGGAAACAGAUGGGCAGAAAUUGCAAAGUUGCUUCCUGGACGGUAAUGACAGAGAGUAGCACUUUAAAGGAAAGACUGGGGUGGAGAUGGGAGAUGAGUGGAUGAAACUCUGUAUUUUGUCGUCUUAGCAGAACAAAUGCAAUGCUCCUAAUGAAUUUUGCUCCUAAUGAAUGCAAGUGAGUGCAUGGCCAAGCUGAUGAGAUCAAAGUGUUGUGCAUUAUUUUAUAAGUUGAUACAAAGCUACAGCAACCAACUUUUAGCUUUAAUUGUAGGGGAAGUUUUCUAAAUUGUAUCUGGUCAAUAGAACAGGCAGUCUGCGGAAGCUAUUGGGGGUCCUCUGUGAAAUAACGUCUCGGAUGAUUUAAGGCUGUGUGGAUCUCCAGUGACACAGAAGACCUUGCCUGAUAAUGUUAUGACGUCUUCAUAUGUUACAAAGACGGAAGGAAAUAUGUGUUCGACUCAUUUCUACCAUAGUAUGAAUUGUGUGGGGCGUGAGACUUGCUGAUCUCCCAUAGUCACAUAAGCCCUAACAAGCUGUGUCCCAAGACUGGAAGUUAAGUGAGGUGAAAACUAAAUAUGACACAGGAGAUCUGUGAUCAGGACCUCCCACUUCAGGCCUUGGAAAUCCUUUGAAGAUAAGGAAAUGAUGCUCUAGGAGAGAGUGAUUAACUCUUGCUUCAUCUUGCCCUUUCCCAGAUCUAUACUCCCUCACUCCCUAAACUUAAUAGAUCCACCAGGGUAGGUCAGGAGAGAACACUACACUCUCGUGCUUUUUAGGCCCGCAGAACUUCCCAGCAUCAAGGACUUUUGUAAACAUCCCUUGGAUGAAUUCCAAUCAUCUUGGGGUAACCACAAAUAAAGCCCAAACCCAAGAAGAGCAAAAAUGUUUGCUUCGUUGACUGUAGAACGGGUUUCGAUUUUCUAGUAUGUUUGCUUGGAGGAUGACCACUUUGCAUUGCCUCCAUGCAGCAGUGGAAUGCUACAGAGUUCUUUUUGGAAUGGCUGUAUUUGACAAGCUUGUAGGGCUUAGUGCGUCAAGGAAUCACGAGGUUGUGCCUGUUGCGUCACAUGUUAGAGGAUGAGGUGCAACUGGACUGAUUAAUUUAUCCAGGUGGAACAUAAUGUAAGAGAAGGGGCAGGAGGAGUUGACUUCAGAACUGAAAUCAGGAAUUCAGGGAGACUUGUUUGUUUUUUAUGUCACUGCUUUACCUAUUUAAUUUUUGCUGCCAGUUACAGAAGCAGGGCACUAAUGAAAUGCAGUGUGGAUAGUUGCAUAUUUUGACAACAGUAAAAACCCGUCUGUUGUGAGCUUGUAGCAGAAGUUCAGCCCAUGUGAGCCGAAUGACGUAUUCCAAUAUAAGCGCUAUUAAAGUGCAAAGGAGAUUCCUAAGUGACGAUGGUAAUGUUGUAUGUUAACUGCUCUCUCCUGUCAGUUAACCUUAACCAUUUCUGAGCAUUCGAUUUCAUAUUAAUCUUUCUUCUUUAUAUGCCUGUGUUCUUGUGCAGAACUGAUAAUGCUAUCAAGAACCACUGGAAUUCUACAAUGCGGCGAAAGGUUGAACAGGAAGGUUAUCUUCAGGAGUCUUCCAAAGUCAGCCAGCCUUCAGUAGCCACAAGUUUUCCAAAGAACAACCAUUUAAUGGGCUUUACCCACACCCCACCUUCUGUGCAGCUGCCAACCUCCACCCCGACCCCAGCCACCAGUGACUACUCCUAUUACCACAUUUCUGAGACACAGAAUGUAAGCUGAUGGAAACAAUUCAAUCGGUUGACAGCUAGGUCUCCCCAUCAUUGAGAUAUUGUAACUGCCAUGCAUGACCAUGGCAGGAAUGGAGAAAGGGAGGCUAAUAUGAUUGAUAUCCUGCUAUAUCUUACUUUUGCACGAGGUUCAUUGUGGUCUCUCAUAUGAAGAUCUAAUCAAGUCCACAUGUACAUAGUUUUAGCAUCAGCAGUGCCCAGACCACCUGCUAGGGCUGGGAAGGAUGCAAGUUAGCAAUUGUCUGUAAGAGGCAUAAUGGCUGCGGUGCUAACUCCACUUACCUGGUGGUAAGCUCCAUUGAAUUCAUUGGUACUUGCCUCUGAGUAGGCAUGGUUAUAAUUGCUUGGCCUCACUCUUUUAAAACAAUGAAUGAGGUGUGACUGCUUGGAAUUAAACCCACUGAAGUCAGUGGACUUGAGUAAUGUAAAUCCAUUUAUUUCAAUGGCUCUACUCUUCAGUAUAGUUACGUUAGAUAUCAUUCAAUGUUUUUAAUUUUACAACUAUGCACUCCAUGAAGAGGAUGGAAUUCAGACAACAGUGAUAGGCAUAUGUAAGAUAGGUGGACACGCCUAUUCUCAUAUUUUUGUGUGAAAGCAUUUUUAAUAACUUAAUUAGUAAUAAUUGAUAGAAAUAAUAAUAAUAGAAAGUAAUAAUUGAGUAGUUGUACUUCCUCUGUGGGGUCUAAACCUGUAGCAUUCUCCUGUUCUAGACUUCCACUCCUUUACAAUUUGGCUGCAGGUGAAGUAAGUAGUUAUAGCUGAUAAGUUAUAUAGUUAUAAGUAAUCAUAAACUCAUAGUCAUUAUUAAGUAGAUUAUAUGAAUCUAAGAUUAUAUGAAUCUAGUUUGAACUAGAUAGCCCUCAGGAUCCCUUCCAACUCUACAAUUCUAUGAUUCUAUUAUGUUUGUAAUGUUAUUAUUUUAUUACAGAAUAUAGCAGUCCAUAUGAUAUAUGGCAAAAAUCGAUAAUACAGAGAGAACCCACUCAGAAUUUUGCCAGUAAAUACAAAAUGUCAAAUACUGGACCAUUUGGUUGCAAUUUAAACACGUCUUCCUUUUCUUUUUAAUUUUUUUAUUUGUCACAGCAUCUGAGGUGUCUGCUUUACAGUAUUUAGCUUUUCUUGAUAGCAGGAACUCACAGGGACAUUCUUUCAUGAGACGUAUUGUAAUUUUACGUUGUGGACUGCCCUGAGAUCUACAGAUAAAGAGCAGAUAAUUAAUUAAUUAAGUGGAAGCACGUGUAGGAUAAUUUGGUAUCCAAUUUUUGUCAUACUUUGUUACUGAAUGGUGGGUUAUAACACAGACUGCUUUCUCUAUAUUCUUCCUCAUGUUUAGAUGUAUGCGGAGCCAUACAUGCAAUGGAUCUGAUGGUCUGUCUGUAUUACAAUCCACCAAGUAGUUGUAACGGGUGGGGAAACAUGUCUUCUUAGAUGCCUGCUGGAUUGAACCAAAGGUGCCAUCUAGUCCAGCGCCCUGUUUUCAACAGUGGCCAUUCGGAUGCUCCUGGGAAGCCCAUAAACAAGGCUUCUUUUUCUUUUCCUUUUCCUUCUCUGGGGCAUUAAAAAUCAUGCUGUGGGCCUGUUAUCCCCUUUUAUUUUGAGAUGCUUAGCCUUCAGCCCAACACAAGCGAUCUUGAUGCCAUCUGUCCAUUUUGUUGUUGUUUAUGAAAUUAAUUAGGCACAUUUCUCAAGGAGGAGCCAGGAGUACAAAAGACACAAUCAUUCAUUAAUGCAAUACAGAAAACCUCACAACCCCAUAAAAAUCAAUACAAUCCGGGCCUGCAAAAUAAUCCAGUAACCAAAAACAAAUUAAAAAUUAGUAAUUAAUAAAACAGCAAUAGAUGGUUGGGAGGGUGUUAUUGAUUGAUCAAUGGAUCACUAUAGUUUGAGAAUUCCUAAAAGCAUUACUGAACUUGUUGCAUUUAAAAUGAGAUACCUCUUUUAUUUGAAGGAGGUAGAAAGAUUGGCAUAAGAAGUACUGUGUGUGUGUGUGUGUGUGUGUGUGUGUGUGUGUGUGUGUGUUACUUAAGCCCAUCACAUUAUUGAGUAGUGUGUGAACAGCAUGAUUAAUUUGGGCUCUCUUUGUCUUUCGGUCUAGGUCUCUUCUCAGAUCCCAUAUCCAGUAGCACUUCAUGUAAAUAUUGUUAAUGUUCCCCAGCCAGCUGCUGCAGCUAUUCAGGUAGAUAAAUUAAAAAACCAUUUCAGGGGUCCAUUUGCCAUACAUUUCAUAUGCAAGUUACAUGCAAAUACCUUAACCUGCCAAAAAAUAAAAUCAGACAAAGGCACAGCUCUUUUAACAAAGUAAAUGAUAGAGAAGGGCCUGGGCAGCCAUGUUUCCAGCAAUUUGGGUGCCAGCCUUGAGAAGACACACACUCUCCUCACAGCUCCUUUGCUUCCUGGAGCAAAUUCUCCCCCACCUUGGUGACUGAGCAGAUUCUCAUCGUGGUUUUCAGCUUAGGGCUAAACAUGGGUUUCCCUUUCUAAAAAUCUGAAGGCCACAGAUUGGCGUGGAUUUCAGAUCCUGGUUUUAGAGUAACCCCUGGUUAGCUUUCACCAGAGUCAACAUUGCUGAAGGUGAACUUGCAGUUUAGGAGAAGAGGGUAUCAAUUGCUCCAGGAAAGGAAGUAAGGAAGGGCACACGUCCUGAGAAAGGCUUCCAGUUUGCUUACCACAGUUAGCGGCUACCCAGUGCUUUUGUUUGCACACUGGCAGAAAGAAGUUGUAUCAUGGUGAGGAGGUCUACUCAUUUCUUUAAAAAGGUGGCCAGGGAAAGUGAUCUGGAAUGGUUUCUUAGGUUCCCUAGUUUGGUACGCAGGAGGCAUCCAGAAAAUAGGUAUUGUGUUCUGCACUUUAAUACCUGUGCAAAAAAAUAAAAUUAAGCAGAGAUUCCGGGGUUUUUUGUCCAGUGGAGGAGCCUCUCAGGCUAAUUUGCCUGCGAUUCUGCGAGGCCGCAAGCCAUCGUCAUCGUUGUAAACUGCAGCAUCCAACCCGGCCUUUACCUUCUCUUUUCCCUUAACUCUUAAUUGCAGAGACACUAUAAUGAUGAAGACCCUGAGAAAGAAAAACGAAUAAAGGAAUUAGAGUUGCUACUAAUGUCGACUGAGAAUGAACUGAAAGGGCAACAGGCAUUACCAGUAAGAAUGUCACUGUGUGCUUGGACGGAGGGAUAGCAGCUUUACCCCAGUGCUUCUCUUUCCCCCCUUUUCCCUCCCCCUCUUCUUCUGACACUAAUCAAGGCUCUAUAUUUCCAUUUGAAGAGGACGAGACAUCACAUUGCUCUCCACGCCCCCAUAAGCAUUUGCUUCUCUCCCCCCCAUCUCCAAAUUACAGUGGUGCACUAAUUCCACCAUGUUUGCUUUUAUGUGUAAAUGGACUGCUAUUUAAAAAAGAACAGCAACAAUCAGUUCCCAUCAGGUUUUAUCCUGAGGGGACAUCAUUGUUUCUGAUAACUUCCGAACAUUGUGCAUAAUGAAAAUGUAGUGCCUGGUUCUUGGUUUUCUUCUCUUUCUCUCUGCGCUAUAUUCCUCAGCUUCAGCUAUAUGUUGCACUCCUGGCCUGUGAUCCUCAAGCCAUUGUAGGCGGUCUUGCUCACUCUUUUCGGCAAAUGUGGCACAAGUCAAGUCCAGAGUACGAAGCAUACCGCUGCUCUAAAGAGUGCUACUUGUAUGUAUUCAGAACCUCACCCCUGCCCCAAAGCUUGGAGUGGCUUCCCCUCUAGCUAGCAAAGUCUAGCUGCAUGGAAGGGGGCAGGCAGAGUAUGUCUCUCUGCACUGGCCACACCGCUGGGCCUGUCUCCUCCGUUCCAGAAUGCCACAGAAUCCUCCUCCCGGGGCCACUUGUGCCACACGCCCUGCAAGUUGGGAAUACAUAGUCUUGAAUUGGCGUUGGGGAGACAGGACUAUUGCUCCAGACCAAAUGGUUUGGGAAUCACAGCCCAAAUAAGGUCCAUUUUUUAUUUUAUUUUUUAUGCAUGUUUGGUAAUGUUUCUCUGAGGAAAGUUAGAUUCUGUAACUGCAUGUAUGAAACCCAGAGCUGGCUAUUACUGAAUUUGUAUAUGUAAUAAAAUUAAUACGGGAACUGCAGAAAAAAACAAAAACCUGGGUGAUAGCCAGCAGGAAACAUCUACGUCUAAUUAAUUCAUAUUAAUAAUUAAUUCAUUUUCUAGUUAAUGGGGGGGAACACAACCGUGUGCAUGAAAUGUUAGUUUGGCCACUUCUAAUUUUUAGUUGAAGUUUUGCAAUGCCUUCUCUUGCAUGGUUAUGCUGCAAAGAGACUUCUGUUAAUUUGCUCUUCUGCUUUCCUAACCGCGUUGAUUUUACAGCCUUUUCAUUGCAUUGGUGUAAGCUGUAGCGCUAGUCAGAGAUAGGUCAAAGAUGAGGGGAGGUAUAUUAAAAAUAAGUAACUGGUAUUAAUCUAAAUCCGCAAAGACCAAUGGAAAAGUUGCCAGUGACUUCAAACAUGAUGUGGAAUUCAAAAUCUAAAUCCAUAAAGUACAGAUAAGACCGAGUUUUGCACUAGGGAAAUCUUGCAAUUUCCUUACUUUGCACAGGGAAGGAAAAACAGAUUUGUGCACUCACAGACUUUGGAAGAAGAGUGUAUGCAUGUAGCUGUAUUGCUUGUUAUACUGUAGAUACUGGCCCAGGAUGCAGAGUUGUUGCACAAGAUGAGGUAAUGCCAAAAUGAAAGCUAUAAAUUUAUUACCCUUUCAAACAAGCUCUUGCUGCACUGAUGAAAGGAAACAUCUUGACAACUGUUUCAUGGGCAUGAAGUGCUUAGAUGAUGCAACUACUUUUAUCUUUUCCUUCAACAGCCAUCCGAUACCUUGUGCAAUUUCUUUGCUAAGUUCCUUCUGCCUCUUUUUUCUCGCACCCUCUUUACCACCCCCCCUUCCCCCUUCCUUUAGACACAGAACCACACGUCAGAUUACCCAGGAUGGCACAGCACCGCAAUUGCAGACAGUACCAGAACUAGUGGUAACAGUGCGCCCAUUUCCUCUUUGGGGGAGCAUCAUCAUUGUAUUCCAUCUCCACCAGUGGAUCAUGGCUGCUUGCCGGAAGAAAGUGCAUCCCCUGCAAGGUGCAUGAUUGUUCACCAGAGUAACUUCCUGGAUAAUGUUAAGAAUCUCUUAGAAUUUGCGGAAACGCUUCAGCUGAUAGAUUCCGUAAGUAGAAUGGUCAUCUUCUAAGGUGUGGCUGGUAUAAGGACUGAAGUCAUAUGCUAUUUCUAUAUCAAUUUGUUUUCUUACAUUCUGUCUGUCUUGUUUGCUUUGUUGCUGAAUAAUCCGAUAUCCAGGGUAAACUUUCACCAUGGCCACCUUUAGUACAGUUGGUUUUUGUUUUGUUUUUUGCUGCACAUUUACAACUUAUAAUCCAGUCCUAUGCAAGCUUACUUGGAAGUAAGUCUCAUUUAAAUAGAUGGGCUCUUAUUUCUGAAUAAACAUGGUAGGAUCCGAGCAUUUAGCCCUAGCGUGUUGUUUGUGGGCUCCCAAUAUUUAUCAAGCACAGGUAAACAUUUGCAUGUAACAUGCACGUAUAGAAUCAUUAUUGUUAGUGUUUCAGGUUGCUUGUAUAUUAACCUACAAAGGAUAAAUUUAUUCUAAGUGAGCUGGCAUAUUUAAAAUUAUUCCUGAAUAUGUUCUGCCUUUUAACAGUGAAUUCAUACUGUACAUUACAAAAAAAACAACACAACUCUACGUGUAUUUUUAGUUCCAUUUCAAGUGACUGUACACUCUCCAUACCUUCUUGGAUCCCUCCUUUUUUGUGAAACACACAUUGCAUUAAUAAUUUUCUUCUAUGAAAACUUCAAGAAAUCACACGUCAUUUUUGAAAAUUCUAAGUCUUUCAUGUAGAAAUUCUAAGACUGACAUAGGGCUCUUUAAGAAGUAUGGGCUGAAACCAAACAUUUGGCAAAACAAAUUCAUUAUGACAGCAUCACCUGCUCGCCUGUAUCCUUUUCACUUAAGAAUCCUGCCUCCUUAAUAAAGCAGAUGGGUCACAGACUGUAACAGACUGGUAAGGGAGGGGGAGAGUUGCUUCUUUUAGGAAUCCACCAUUAGGAUAGUUUUCAUUCGGGAAAGACUGAAACUGGGUCAAAAUGACUUAAAAAUGAGGAACAGUGGCUCCUUUACUUUGUUUCCCUUUUACUAAAGUUGUUAUGUUAGUGCUAUACUUUUUUUUUUUUUAAUGAGAGGGCAUCAUACACUGUCUCAUAGAUUCGUGACUUCCCCCAUUGUUUUUAGGAUCCUUCAUCAUGGGGUGAUCUCAGCAGUUUUGAAUUCUCUGAAGAAGCAGACACCUCGCCUAGCCAAGCUCCCUCUGCCAAAGCCCCACAGCUUCAGCAAACAGAGGCCAGUGCAUGUAGGCCUGAAGGACACCCUCUCUCAAACCUGAGCAAAGCCAUGUUGAGUCAGGAUUCCCUUGCCUUGCCCAAGUCCUUGGCUGGCUCAAAAUGUGGCACAGCUCCGUUGGUGUUUCUGCGCACAAAGAGAGGGCAUCCCAGCCACUUAGCCAGUGGCCAUAAGUCCUUCAUACUUGCUGAUGUCAGGAGCUCAACUCCUAAGCGCUCCCCUGGCAAAAGCCUGCCAUUCUCUCCCUCGCAGGUAGAGCAAGAUUUCUGCACAGAUUUUACUAAUCCUCAAAAGUCAGCAAGGUGUUAACAACAUAGGAGAACUAAUCAUUGGAACGAAUGACUAAUUCCUGUUGCACUCACUGAUUGCUCUCCAAUUUUGAAUUUACUCAUAGCUUACUCUUCACCAUGGAGUUUAGACUGCCAACAAUCUAACUGAUAAAUUUGCUUUUCUCUGUGUGUCUUAUUCUUGGUGGUUUUCAAGGGGUUAGCGGUUUGUUUGUUUGCUUUGCUCUUGCUUGUCAUUCCUUCAGCCAUCAGAAUUUAACAUUUCUGUUUCCUGUAACCAUUUUUUCUUACCCCAUACUUUGCACAUUUGGGUUCACUGACUCCCUAAAUUUACACUAAACAGACAAUGGUGUCCAAAUUAUGUUGCAAACUAACAAGUGAUUUAAAAUAAAUGAUUAUUUGAAAACAUUUUUGAACAGUAAGGUGUGAGUUACAAACUACUUGAUAUAUUUAAGGUAUAUGCAUCUCAUUGAAUGGGCUAAACAGAUUAAGAGUAUGUGAAUUGGUUUAAGUGGCUUGUGGACUUCUGCUUAAACAUAUAGAUUUUGAAACAACAACAUGCUGAGUUAAUGACAGGCAUUACUGCUAAUGAAGUUUAUUUCCUAAAUUCUGCAGUAGCAGCCCUUUUUCAGCAAAUUAAAUAUUUACAUCAAAAUAGUAAUUUUGAAAAGCUCUGUGCAACUUUUACUUUCUGUUCUGUGAAAGUAAAACAAUCAGUUUUAAUGGAUAAAAUAGGAACGUUUAAUUUUUUAAAAAAAUCUAGUUGCCAUAUUUCAUGCUACAAAGUUCAGUGAGUGAUAUCUUUACUUAUUUGGAGUGGACCCAUUGAAAUAAUUGAAGUCAAGUCCAUAGAUUUCAUUGGCUGUACUCUGCUCAUGACCUAGGUAGACGUCACCCAGUACUUCUCAUGAACCAAGCUCCAAGGUUCUUUCAUAUUAUUAGACAUUCUUUGCAAAGACAAAUAAACUCAGUGAGGUAAAACAAAUACUUGUUUCUAUAAAUAAUAUUGUAACAAAACCAAAGGAAUAUAUUUGUGUAGGCCAAACACUAGAAAUAUGAAACUUUACUUUGGAAGUAUCGCAACCAAAAUACUCACUGCCACACAACAUGAUGCUGCUGUUGAUACAGUUUCACUGUAAGUUUGUAGAAGAAGCACUCGUGUUAACUGAGAUUCCCUCUCUUUUUUAAUAUUUGCAGUUCUUGAACACCUCAUCAAGCCAAGAAAGCCUGGACCUGGACAAUCCAACUUUAACUUCCACUCCCCUCUGUGCUCACAAACUCACUGUUACAGCACCUCUUCACAGAGACCAAGCAUUUAAGAUACAGAAGGAGAAUAAUAUGUAAUUUCUCUUGCUUUAUUAUUAUUUUUUAAAUGCACUUUUGCCAUACUACUAUAACAGCUAAAAUAGGCUACGAACAUGCAUCUUGAUUUCUUUCACCCUGAUCCAGAGUUUGUUGGGUUUUGGUUGGGCACACAGAGCUUCUCUGUAAGUAAGCAUCCCAUUCAUUUCAGUGGAGGGCAGCUCAGCAUUGUCCAUUUGGAGCUGCUCCUUCCAUUGACAUGAAUGAGGAGGCCAGAUGUGUAGGGUAGCUUUUGAACUAGUAUGGUGGCCACUAGGUCAGUUGUUCCUACCAUCUUAUACCAACUCCUUCUGGGCACAUAUAAUUAGAACAAAAGCAAAUCCUGCUAGGUUAGGCCAGUGGCCCAGUAUCUUGUUCCCACAGUGGGAAACCUACAAGUGGGACCUGAGCAGAAGACCUCUCCUGUAGUUUCCAGCAACGUGUUCAUAAGAAUUCUGCCUCCAGCUGUAGCCACUGUUAGCCAUAUCAUCCAUGAAUUUGUCCAGUCCUCUUUUAAAGCCAACCAAAUUGCACUCUGCAUCCGCCAUCAUUAUUCCUAAGUGCUUGAAGCUGUUUGUGGACAUUAUUUCAGCAGUGCCCACAGCGCCCCUGAAAUACAUGCCCUCAUUAUUAUCCCCAUAGCGCGCAUGGCUGUUUAGAACAUAGAACUUUGCAGUACAUAAGUCAACCUUUUAAUGUGACGCUACUCUAAACUAGGAUUUCAGCAAAAAGAUUCAAACUGCUUCCUAAUUUCUCUUCCCCCCACCCCCCUUUUGUGGACUCAGCUUCAGAACUCCAGCUAUCAAAAGAUCAAUAUUGGAGAGCUCUCCAAGAACACCAACUCCAUUUAAAAAUGCACUCGCAGCUCAAGAAUUCAAAUAUGGACCCUUGAAAAUGCUGGUAAGAAGGGGGGUGGGGAAACUGUGAUAAAAAUUGGAUUUAUAUGAGGAUGAUACAAAGAGUUUUGUGUUGUUUCAUUGCAUACUUAUUUUUCGUUUUUAGCCUCAGACACCAGCUCACCUUGUAGACGAUCUGCAAGAUGUUAUCAAACAAGAGUCCGAUGAAACUGACAUUGCUUCUGGCAUAUGUGCAAAUGGAUCCCCUUUGUUGAAGAAAAUCAAACAGGAGGCAAGUUAAACAAUAUUUAUCUAAGACCACUUAAAACUGGGCUCACAUUGCCCAGAAGCGUCUUAAAUUGAUUCACUUACUCUGGCAAGAAGCCAAUUUUGCCAUGUUUUAAUUUUAAAGAUCAUCAGGAGCUGGAUCAGAUUGUUCAAAUAUUUCCUCAAUCUUAAAUAUUUGUAAGCAAACAUAUUAGGUGAACCAUAAUAUGUCACAGAAACAGUACAGUAAGCCUGCCACUUGCAUGCAGUUAACUUGUGCGCAUUCAGCUUCAUGCGCAUGGCAAAUACUAAAAAGGGGCGACUUUGGCCAUCUAUCCUCCAUUGAACUUAAUGGGUUUUGACUAUACUCCAUUUUGGUUUUGGGUGCGAUCCCUGGAAUGUAACGCCUGCGUAAGUUGUGGGCCUACUGUCCUGUCAUUUCUGUCUUUCAGAGAAGGCCAUUGCUUCCACGGCAAAAAGUAUACAAUUGGUGCCUGAUUUUUAUAUGUUGAGAAUAGAUUAUCCUGGUCCUUACAUACAACAAACUAUGUCGAGCCUUGUAAACCAUUAAUUUCAAAAAUUUCAUACUCUCUGGCUUUAGUGGAAUUCUCAGGAACAAGAAAGUUAAUCAGUGAAGCCUUGCAAAUCUUUUACAUAAUGUAAAAAGACUACAAUUUUUCAUUGAUGGCCCCACUAAGAACUUAGUUGCGGUCUAGAUUUCCAGGAGCUUAAAUUAUUGUUUAAAUUGUUUCUUUAAUUGAAUUAAUCCUGAAUGUCAGAACUUAAUGUUAUGUUAUACAGAGAGUGACUUUUCAAGAACUAAUAUACACUGACAAAGCUAAAUUGCGAUGUAGGCCAACUUUUAUCUGGAAAUAACAAUUACAGGUACUGCUAAAUAGGGAUAAAGUAAGUCAGUUGUUGAUAUUUGAAACAUUGCUCUGCUUUCUGCUUAUAGGUAGAGUCUCCAACAGGCAAAGCAGGAAACUUCUUUUCCUCAAACCAUUGGGAAGGGGAAGGGCUGAACACACAGCUGUUCACACAUGUGUCCACUGUGGAAGAUGUGCCGGUAUGUAUUAAGCUAUGAAUCUUGCGUUUUUUGUGACAUGGCAUAUUUGGAAGCUGUGGUAAACAAGCAGAUACAGCUCAGGAGCCACAUCUGUCUCACCAAGAUGUUUCCUCUGACCAUGUCACCAGGCUGCUGUGUGGGCUGAUUUGUCUGCAAAAUGGGUAAUUCUGCAGGAAAGGGUUGGAAAACCUUUCCCCAGAGAAAAUGCCUUAGGUAGAGCCACUUGUUGCUAAAACCAUUUCCCCCCAUCCCCUUCUGAAAUUCAAAUAGUAAAAAAAUGUACAGCCUACAAUACGCACGUGGAAAUCUUCUUUUUAACUAAAGGCAUGUUUAAUAUUCCCAUUAUAAUGAACAGGACACUAAAACGCUUAACUUUGGUUUGAAAAUCAUUAUAUAUAUGCACUUAAUUUGGGCUGGAUUGUGCCAAAACAUUUUUCACCUUAAGUUCACCAGUUUUUCUUUAUAUUGUAUAUAUAAAAGCACUGUGCUGGUACAGAGUGCACUUUAGGUUGUGUAAAAAGCUGAGCCAAAGUUCUGCUCAUAAUUGGAUCACUGAAGUGUUUGCUGAAGUCAGUGGAAUCAGUGAAAUGUUUACUUUCUUUGCCCAACACCCUUUGUAAAUGGCAUAAUUUCAUUUUUAAUAUAAAUGGGAUUAGAACACAACAUAGUCCAAUUGCUACAUACUUGUACUUAAGCCGAUUUACUGCUAUUUAAAUUUUAUUUCUCACUGUUCCCUUAAAGUGACUGGUACCAGAUUUAGCCUUGCGUGUUUUCAGUUUUACUGGGCUGUGUGAGUCAGACUGCAUGUUAAUACUGUCAACUAAAGGACAAGGAAAUUCCCACUUUAGCAUGCAUGUCAUUCUGAUCCUUUCAAUGCAGUGUGCUGCUUAGCUGUUUACGUUAAGCUUAGCUUAAGUAGUUUGCUGAAAAUAAACCUUACUAUGAUUUCUCUUUUAAGAAUCUGACAGCCCUAUCCUAUGCUUCUUUAAUCAGAACUAAGUAAGUUCUGUGUGUGGAGAAUAUAGAUAUAGAUAAAUCACCUUUGUGGGAUGAGUUAAUAAAGAAUUAGCUAGAUCCCUAGAGCCAAAGCACAGAACUAAACACACUCUCCAGCAAGAGAGAGCCUUAAAAUCACAGAAUCAUGCAGCUCAGUGAAGUGUGAGGAAUAUAAGCUGUUAGACCCUUUCAAUAUCCUGCUUAGUCCUCUUACAGUGCUUCCCUUCUCUAACCCUCUCACAAUGAACCGACCACACUGGUAGUAAGUUUAAAUGCUUUACUUACAAACUCCAAAGGUCAGACUCAUGAGUUAUUCCAUGCAGCAGCAAGAAGAACACAGGUAGAAAAUUAUUGGGUUACAAAAUACAGAAAAAUAUUUCUGAGCACACAGUCUGGGCUCGAAUUGGUCAAGUCCGGACCAAUGUUGCCUGGUCAGUUUCACAUGGUGGAAGAGACCAAACAAAGGAAGGGUCACUUCCUUCUUCACUGGAGGUGAGGGAGCGUGACCUGAGUCUAUGAAUAGAGUUCUGUGGUCUCAAUCCCUUCAUGCAUUAACUAGCCUUAAGCUUGCCAGUUACAUUUGACUACAAUUUCCCACAUUCUGCUGAGUUGAAAGGGGCUUAAUGCUCAACAAGGGCAUGCAGUUUGGUGUUUCUGGAGGGUGAGAUGUUCUCUGAAAACUCCCAGGCCAUUAUUUAUCAUUUCUGCCUGUUCACUGAUACAGUACUUGUUGCCUCUCUCAGCAGCUGCUCCAAAACAACAUUUCCCUUUUAACUGUCUCUUUUUCACGUUGUGUAUGUAAUGUCAUGACUCGGUAUAACCAAUCAGACUUGGUUAUAUGACCUCACCACAAUUGCCAAUUCAGAAAUGCACACAUUGGAACUUCCUUCCAAGUGAUUGUUCUAGGAUCAGGCUGUGACAAUGCCUAGCAACAUCUUGUACCCAAAUUACUGUUUUAAAUGACUGAAAUUAAAUCAUUGAAAUAAUGUAUUCAGCAUAUUCAUUCAUUCUUCCUUUUCAAUUACCUCUAUUUUUUUACUGUUUCAUCAGAAUCUACUUACCAGUUCUGGUUUAAAGAUGCCUGCAUCAGAAGAAGAGGACAAUACUGAUAAAUUAUUUGCAUUACAUAGAAAUAGGUCAUCAGUUAGCCCACUUCAGGUAAAUUCGCUUUUAAAAUUAUUUGCAGUAUAGAAUGAUGCCUUGCACAAUAAUAGUACAUAUUUAUAGAUUACUAUUGGAUGCAGUAUUGUUUGCUGACUAUAAAAUUCAAUGAAAAAAGCUGUAAGGAAAGCAGAAUAGCUGACCUAACAUUUUGGUACGCUGGUUCAAAGGUGGCAUUCUUUUUUCUGCAACCUGGAAAAAAAUGGUUUGUCAAAAUGUAAACAGACUGGAAGACACAGAUGUUAUUCCCUCCUAUUGCCAUUACAGACUUCAUUUUUGUAGCAGUGAAGCAUGCUCUUUUACAUAUUGGUUUCCUUGGGCUGAUCAUUUUAAUUGGCUGUCGUAAGUAUGAAUUUCAGCAAAGUUCCACAAGGCAGUUCAAUGGAAAGUCAAGAUUUUGACAGAAGGGCGGGAAGGAAAAGUUGCCAAGCCUAGAGAAGGGCCUUGAUUUCAGUGGUAGGACAUUUAUCUGCUUUGCAUGCAGAAGAUCUCAAGUUCAGACCCUUUUAUCUCCCAUGACAAAGGUGGGCUAAGGCUGGGAAAGGCAUCUCUCUGAAACCUUGGAGAGCCAUUGCAGAAUAGACAAAACAGCUAGAAGCUUCAGUGGUCUGGCCCAGUGUAAGGUUGUUUCCUGUGUUUAGCUAUGAAGAAGGUAAGGUUAGUUACUAAUGCAAAAGGUUUUUAGCUGUAAGAACCUAAAUAGAGCCCUGCUGGAUCAUGCUGAAGAUUCUCCUUGGCCUGCAUUCUGUUCCCAGUCGUGGCGAACCAAAAACCCAUGGGAAGCCCACAGGCAGAGAGCAAAAGUGCACCAGGCCUCUCCAGCUAUUGUUUCCCAGUAAAAGUGCACUUGAGGGAGAUCAGUUUGUUGGGUUUACGACACUAUCUAUGAAAUAAUGGAGGACAGCUCCACACACCAGGAAAAAACACACCACAGUAGUGAAUAUGUGACUUGCAGACAUACAGUAUGGUAUCUUUCCACUGUCUUGUGAAACUGCAAAGAUAAAUAGUACAGCAGUGGCUCAUAUGGUAAUAAUCCCCUUCUGGACAAGAGCAUUAGAGCAUCUACUUCUAUAGAGCUGAGCCAACAAAAUAUUUAAAAUCUUUUAUUACUCCUUAAGCAAAUAGCAUUUGCUCUGAGUAAAUGAAGUAGAAUUGGCUUAUUACCUUAACUAGAAUUUUGCAUUUGACUUUUAUUACCACAGAAUUGAUAAAUGGCUGGUGAAUGAGCUUUUUCCCUGUUCCAGUCAUGAACCUUGGGGUUGUCACUUUUCAAAAGUUGUUCUGAUCCUUAGAUGUGCAAACUCAGUAAAAGAUUGUGUGUACACUGGGAGAAGUCACCUUCCCUCCUACUCAAAGAGGCAAUCGGAGAUUGUCAUUCAGGAGGCAAGAGCAGAGGAAGAGCAUAAGAACAUUUUCUCAUUCUCAUUCUGUAGGUUUAUCCUCCCACUUGCUCCAGUAGGCCCAUUCAUAUUAACCUUGUAACAACAAACUGGGGGGUAUUUUGACCAUAUGACUGUGUGGUCUGCUGCAACAUUGCUAUGCUGAACGAUAAUGGUUGCUAGCUUUGAGUUCCUGGUUGUGUCUGUUGCCUUUAGGAUGCUCUUUGUGCAGGGGUCAUUUUGACAUCAAAGUAAUCAUAUUGUGGUGUGUGGUGGGAUUCUUCCCUGGGUAAAGCUUCCAUGAAACUACAGAUCAUUUUUUCCCACCUAAAAUUUGGAAAUAUUGCUGCAGAACGAGCCCUGAGUUAAUAAAUGGAUUGCAGGCUGUGGCCCCUUAAAAAUUACUGAGGAGAAAGGAUAGCUAUCAGUCUCACUAUGAAUGCAACUCUGAACGUUUGUUAGUAGCCUUGCUGUUGACUUCAGGAAGCCUAGUCGGCAACCAUUUUGUUUUGAGAAGAGUGCUUCAUUGUAAAACAAUCAGGUCAGUGUUCUGCUCAUUUGCAUCUGUUCAAGUACAGAGUGGCUGAAGACAAUGCACUAAUCACAGCGGACUUCAGUGAACCAAAUGUUUAUGUUGGCCUGAGGUAAAAUCCAACUCCAAUUAAGAAGUGAUUCCUAAAUUUCAAUCCAAGUGGAAACCACCAUCUUGAAUGGGGAAUUCACAACCAUUGGUAUAAAUUAUAUAAUAUUCGUUUUGGGAUUCAGAAACCAAACCUUUACGCACUUUGCUAUUAUAAAGGGGGAAGGUGUCCUUAAAAAAAAUAUAAAAAUGGCAAUCCCACCUACCAAAUAUGUUUUGACUAUAUGUGAUUUUGGCUUGAGGCAUGACCCCCAGAAUAUAGCACGUGCGCCCCAGUCACUUGAGAGUUCACUGUAUUACUUAUUCCCACUUUUCUUCCCUUGAGUGCUUCCUACUUACAAGAAAGCAUAAUGUGUGAAUCAGUCUUUACAGUGUGUGACUGAAGGAAAGCACCUUGGCACAGCUUUGCCUUGUUUCUCUCUUUUCCCUAGAGGGGUCACUUUCCUUUAAAGUGCUUUAACUGGAUAGCCCAGUUAAAGCUUUGACAAUCUGUUUACUGUUCACUCUUCCCUGGGGCAACAGAAGGCAGGUUACAGGAUAAGUGAGAUAAUUGCCUUGCUAGAAGAAGGAUGUUCUUGUAGGAUUACUGAUGUGGCAAAAUGAACCAAGAGUGACACAGCUGAAAAUACACCAUGGCUUGAUAAUUAUAUAUCAACGUGGCAUAAACAUACUGUAUGGAAGUUGCCUUUCUUACCCACAAUUUUAACUUUUGAAGUAGCUUUGGAAACUGUUAACUUUUAAAAUCUGAUGUGAAAGAACAAAUUGAUUGCUUUAGCAGUAUUUGCAGUGGAUUAGUACCAAACAUAACAGACUCAUAUAAUCCAGAGACCUGAUCCGAAACAUGUAGCCAGCUAAUGAUUUUUUCCUGGUUUGGGGCUAAAUUGCCUUUAAUAAUACACUCAGAGCCCGCUGGCACAAGCUAGCAAAAAGUAGCCAUACAUAAAACCAAUGGAACAGGAGUCACAUGGCAAGCAUUGUUGGGUUGUACAUUGGUGCUUCGUGCAGCACUCUCUCACGGAUGGUAAUGAGAAAUUUGUCCUGUGGCAGCUUGUGAGAGGAACAGCAUGUGGGAAGUGGCCAUUGCUGAUGAGUGGAGCAUCUUGAGGGGGAGGCAGAGGUGCAACUGGGUUAUUAACACUCACAUCCCACAAAAGUUCUUGCAAGGGGAUGAGAUGCAUUGGAAGAUGCUGCUGCUGCUGCUGAGCACCAGCCUUACACACCCUUGUCCAGAAAUGUGUGCCUGUUUUGUGCUUGUAUGUAUGUACCAAGUAUGGAAGUGGAGCUUUUUCAUUUCUGAAAACUUUCGUGUAUGUCUGUGAAACCACCUUCUAAAACUGGCAGACCAGAGGUCAAUGUUCUUUUAUGGCACUAGAGGUGCCAUUUGGGCCUAUGCAUGUUGGGUUUGAUGCAAGUAACCCUGUUCGAAUACUAGCUGAUGCACCAAGGGUGUUGGAAGUAAGAGAGGUGCUCUCAAGCAGAUUGGAAAGGAAUUAUCUCCCUCCACCACUACGCACAGGGACCAUGUAAGGGAGAGCACCAUCCAGAGUAUUUUCAGAGGUGACUGCCCAGCCUUUGUUUACACACACAGAGAGAAUUGUGGUAAGCCAUAGGGUGUGACUGUCUCUGGUUACUAUCAGGUCACUGUAUGCUGUCAAUGAAUUCUGAUCCCUACCCACUUCUGCAUGUUUAAGAUAAUGGAAGUGAGUUACUGUUCAUAUGGUCCCUUAUCAUGAGAAGAAGACGCAGCCACACAAGAGCAUCUGCCUAUCACUUUCUGUUUUACUUCAGAAUAUAAUUUAUUUAUUUUAUAUGAACAAUUUUCACCUUCCACCAGAAGAAUGGACCCAGUGCAGGCUGCAGAGCACAUACACUACAUGAAAAAUAGUCAAAAUAAAACUGUCAAAACAUUCCAGAGAAUAAUGUAUUCCUAACAUACUCAUUAACUGCAAGAAGAUCAAACCUAUCCAUUCUUAAGGAAAUCAGCCCUGAGUGCUCACUGGAAGGACAGAUCCUGAAGCUGAGACUCCAGUACUUUGGCCACCUCAUGAGAAGAGAAGACUCCCUGGAAAAGACCCUGAUGUUGGGAAAGAUUGAGGGCACAAGGAGAAGGGGACAACAGAGGACAAGAUGGUUGGACAGUGUUCUCAAAGCUACUAACAUGAGUUUGACCAAACUGCGGGAGGCAGUGGAAGACAGGAGUGUGUGGUGUGCUCUGAUCCAUGGGGUCACGAAGAGUCGGACAUGACUGAAAGACUAAACAACAAAGAGAAAAAUUAAAGAGUUGCAAAGAAUCCAUAGUGUAAGGCAAAUGUUGUCAUUCCCUUCCACAGAGCUUAAGCGAUUCAGAUAUCCCCAUGCCUAACCUAGACACCCUUCAGCAGUAAGAUCCAUAUUUGCCUAUGUACUGUUCUACAAAAAUACCUCCAUCAUUCCAGCAGUGAUUGCUCUCUCCCCUGAGUGGAUCUGAGUUGUUGGGCGUACAACAAAGACUGAAAUUAGCCAAGGCAUGCCAAGUUCCCCAAAGGGGUGGAGAUUGUUCACUGAAAUCAUAGCAGAGGAAACAGCAGCAGUGUGGUGGCAUAUCUGUAAUGUGAAAAGUAUGUCACACCUGCCCUUGGCUGCGGUUUGAAGAGACAGAGGCCCAUGUUGCAGAGAAAGCAAAAUAAACAGGGUGCCCUGUGUCACACUUUUAUAAGCUGCUUGAAUACCAAAGUGUGUAUCACGUGGAAAUGCAAAAGGUGGAUUAAUAAAUGGAUGACCUAGUCUAGCAAGGAUCUUAUGAUGUUCUUAGGCUUACAGAAGCUCUUCAAAGAGACAAGGGAUUUCGAACAGUUCUUCCCACCCACCCCAUUCCUCUUCCACAAAGAUCUUGUCCUUUGUUCCCUCCCUGCUGUCGUGUAAAUUACCACCCUGAGAAUUGUGAUCUGACAUAAGAGUGCUUAGAAUUUUGAAAGAGAUUGAGUGUUGUGUGGUAGUUUAUACAUUGCUGCAUCAAAACUGCAAGUUCUGGUAGGAAUAUAGUACAUAAAGGGGGCGGGGGUGAGGUGGAGAAGAAGAAAAAUAUAUCUGUAUUUACACAUUCCAUAAAGUGCUGAAAUUUUUGCCCUCCUAUUGGCUUGGGGCACCAAGACAUUUUGCAUGUCUCAAGAACAAGCAAAUGACUGAGAUGCCACCCUGGUUACAGAUAUGUUUAUCUCCGGGCAGCACAGCACUGAGGAGGGGUUCCAAUCUUUGUAAAUACCACAAAAACAAAAUGAUAUUAAAUUAUGGCUAAAAAACUUGUUUCUCUCAGCAGACUGGUUCCCAUCCCCACCCCCCGGUACCUUUCACAGUGGAACAUUUACCUCCGGCUAUGUGCUAACAUACUUUUGAAGUUACCUGAAAAAAACUGAGCUAGUUAUUAACUUGAGUCCAGAGCUGUCUGUGUGAACCCUCACUUUGGACUAGGCUAUGCAAGUUGGGCACAGUCACCGUGCUUUCAGCCCACAAGUUCAGCAACUGCCUACUAGGGAACUUGUGGUCCUCCAGAUGUUCUAGGAAUUCAUCUCCCACCAGCCCUAAGCAGCAUAGCCCAAUGGCCAGCAUUGCUAUGAAAGCCGUAGGCAAGCAACAAAUGGAAGUCGGCUCCGGUUCUACAUCGUGCAAGAGCAACUUGCCUCGUGGGGCAGAGCCAGGCAACAACCCCUUGACAGCAAUAUCCAUGCUGCUUACUGGGUGAGAGGCCAGUGAGGUUGCGGGUGGAGCCAAUCUGGCAGUCCUGCUAGUGUACCCAAACAGCCCCAGCCUCACUGUCGCCCUUUUCUUCUCCUGGUAAGCAGCCAUGCCACUGCCAGGAGGCUAUUGCUGUGGCUCUGCCCCACUGGUAUGGGCUGCUCCUGACAUGGUACUUGCUGCCAGCUAAACCCCUUUAACAUGUUUCCAAAAGCCUAUCGCUGUUGAGUUGCUUGAAAAUAUUUUUAGCCUCAUUCCUUCAUUCCCUUCUUAAGCCUAUUUACAUCUCAGGGGCUCUCAGAAACACUAGGAUUGGCUUCAACACAACAUUCCUAGACGUUGCUUCCAGUGGCAGGUCUGUCAAACCCAUUUGUAGACUAGAUAUGCACUUUGAGUGUGCUUUAAAGGUAUUGUGUGUAUGCAGUCCCCAUGACUUAAGUCCUCUGUAAUGCCACACUUGCAGAUGACUCGAGCACAGAGGACAAUUGUGCGACACCAACCCUGGGAAGGAGCAGAUUUACAGGAAGGCCUGGAUUGUGCCACAGCUUCUAAAAAAAUUUCUCCUUUUUAUUUUUGUUUCUAGCAUUUUAGCAACACAUGGGAUUCAGCAUUUUGUGGGAAGACAGAGGAUCAGCUGAGCUUCUCGGAUCCUGCACGCAAGCAUAUGAACGCAUUCUCGACUCGAACUCUGGUCAUGUGAAAAAGAGUCUUCCAAUAAGCAUUAUGUUUUCUUUUCAAAACACUUCCACUUGAUUUGGACUUACCAUUCCUCUACAUGGGAGAAAAACCUUUUUUGUUGUUGUUGUUGUUGUUGUUGUUGUGGUACAACAUUUGGGAGCAGCACAAAGUGCAUUCAGUCACAAAAGCAUAUAUGUGUAUAUAUUGUUCAUGUUGGAUCUCACCCAACUUAAAAAAAGAAAAGGAAGAAAAUAAUUCUGUUUGUUGAUGAUGCAUACCUAAACUCUUAGGUAUUGAAUUUUAUGCAAUUAAUUAUUAAUAAUGUGAAUGCCGAUUUCUUUCUCUCUUUUUUAAAAAGUGAUUUUUAAAUGAUUUUUUAUAUAUAUAUUAAAAAAACAAAACUUUUUGGGAGAUCAAAUGGACCAGUAUUAAUUCAGUGAGGAGUUGCCACAUGAGUUCCCAUACCAGUGAGGAUGCUUGCUGAGGUUUCCUUUUCUCUUUGAAGAGCUGGCACUCCAUCAGUAGCAUCAGUCACUGAACAAAUGUCUCGGUAUGAAAUACUGCAAGAAAAGCAUUACUGCAAAUGCUGAUCUAAAGGUGUAGGCUGGGGGCCAAUCCAGACUGGCAAUGGUCACACAGCUAUACUGUUUGAAGAACUGUUCCACUCAUUAGAACUGUAGACUGUUUACGUGUGUAUGUUGUUGUUUUUUAAUUAGCUUGCUUUUAAAAAAUUAUUACGGUAUGAAACAUAGUUUUAUGAGAACAAAUUAUAUUUUUUAUCCAGUAAUUUAAUUUUGUAAAUGUCAAAUGGGUUUUGUUCUAUUUUUGGUUUGGUUGGUUUUUGUUUUGCAGGGGGGGUUGAUUUUUUUUCUGGUGCAGAUUUACACCAUGUAGAUGGGCAAGGCCAUAGAGCUUUAUAAACGAAAGAGAAACCUGGGGUGGGGGGUAGCUAACUGAACUAUGCACUAGCAUUUCUGACUUUGGAAACAUUACUGCUUUUUAACCCCCUACCUGGCCCUCCCUUUUUUUUGCAAGCAAUACUUUAAAACACUGUUCUUGGGAGAUUUUAUGUGCCUAUAUGUGUGCUCAUGGGUUUGCAACAACAUAGAAUGCAAACUCCAGCUAUUUGGGAGAUCCUAGUCUUGCUUGCUGCUUCUACUCUUGUUUCACGUGUAGUCUAAAUAGUCCCUAACAUGGAUUCCAUACACAAAAACAUUUUUUUUAAAAAAAAAAUGUAUGUCUUUUGGACUGCCAUAUCAAACUUUUCCCAGUACUAAGAGAAGGUUGCUUCUUUUUCUUAUAAUGGAUUCUGAAUUUGCUGCCUUAAUAGAAUUAGGUGCAGCUUUCCCUGCACUUAACUUUUUAUAAGACACUGUACUUACUGCCUUGUAGAUAAAUAAAGCGUGCCGUUUUGUAAAAACCUACUGUUUGUUUAAAUGCACUUGAGUUUUAGUAUAUUUGGGGGAGAGAAGUGGGGGGAAAGUAAUCUUGCCACAUCCGUCUUGUGUGAGCAGGUCUUGCAAAGUAACAAGGUGCCCUUCUACCCAGAACUCAAAACAUUGGGAACCCACAGAACUUCAAGGCUUCAGAUUGCCCAUCAAGUUGGGACAGUCCAGUUCUACAAUGGAUAUUUGAGUUAGAUCUUGUUUAAAUAAAUUAUUCUAUACCAUUCAGAACAUUAUCGUAUAUACGCAAGUAUAAGCCGACCCUAAUAUAAGCCAAGGCACCUAAUUUUACCACAAAAAACUAGGAAAACUUACUGACUCGAGUAUAAGCCGGUUCACCACACCACAAACCUAGUGAGCCGGAGUGUGUGUGCACGCGCAUGCAUGCGCACACGGCAGAGAGGGCUUCUCUCCCUCCCCCCCAGCCUACCUAGGGUGCUGCCAAGAGGCAGAGGCUGGUGGCGGCAGCGGAGGAGGAAGAACAAGCAGCCCAAAAGGGCUGCUUUCGGGCUGCUCGUUCCUCCUCCUCAGCUGCUGGAAAUGCGCUUGGGUGAGACCCUCACUCAAGUAUAAUCCAAGGGGGGCUUUUUCAGCAUAGAAAAUGCUGGAAAUGUUGGCUUAUACACGAGUAUAUAAGGUAUUUCCAUUCAGUGUGGGUAUGUCUGUGUAGAACAGGAUGGGGCUCAUAUAGC